CCCCCAUAAAACCAAAGGGCAUACCUCUCUACUACAUUGUCUCUUGUUUAUGUUAAUGUUCUGCAUUGUCCUGUUUCUACAUUCAGAAUCUGAGUAUCUCACUGCUCACCCCCUCCUUCAAUCCUUUUCUUUGUUUUUCUUUCCGCUGUGUUGUUCUGUACUUGUCAAAUUACAGAAACACCACCACAAAGCAAUUUCUCAACUGGGUAUUCUUGUAAUUUAGCACAUGCCAAGAACCUAGGAUUGUUGUCUUCUUCUUCCUCCCCUCUUGUUUUGUUUUUUCUCUUGAUCAACUAGACUGAACAUUGGUGCCAAUUGGAGGGAUAAAAGGCUACAAAUUUGUAGCAAAUUGGUUAUCUUGUGAUCUUGUUUAAAUUUCUGAAAGAUUGAGGAAGUUGUCUAUAUAUGAAGUGGUGGAACAAUGAGAGAUGGAAACACAAAGAAAAGCAAGUUUUCUUGGCCUAAGACCCUAGUCAAGAAAUGGCUCAACAUCAAAAGCAAAACUGAGGAUUUUCAUGCUGAUGACAUCAUCCAUGGAGGUAUUGAUGAAGAAUUGAGGAACAAUUUCUCAGAGAGGGAGGCAUGCACUAUCAAGAAAAGCAAAACAGAAAAAUCGACUAAACGAACCUCCGAUCGUCUCCGGCGAAGUAAGAUUGAUCUCGAUGCCAACCAAAUUACAGAUGUCAACAACUACAGGAUCUUUGUGGCAACAUGGAAUGUAGCUGGAAAAUCUCCACCUAGUUAUUUAAAUCUUGAAGAAUGGCUACACACCUCACCUCCUGCAGAUAUAUAUGUUCUUGGGUUUCAAGAAAUUGUCCCUCUUAAUGCUGGUAACGUACUCGGAACAGAAGAUAACGGGCCCGCCAAAAAAUGGCUAUCCCUAAUUCGAAAGACACUAAAUACACUACCGGGUAGUGGCAUUAGCUGCCGUACUCCUUCGCCAGUUCCAGAUCCAAUAAUCGAACUCGAAGAUGAUUUCGAAGGAUCAAACAGAGAGAAAGCUUCUGCUUUCUUCCACCGCAGUUCUUUCCAGUCGUUAAGCCGGAGCAUGAGAAUGACAGAGAAGGAUAUUUUGACCCCACAGCCUAAUCUGGACCGUCGGUUCAGCGUAUGCGAUCGUGCGAUGUACGGUCACAGAUCGAGCGAUUAUUACGAUCCGAAUGCCACCUGGGAUUGCUCGUCCGAUGAUGAAAACGGGCUGAGUGAUUCGCCUUACGCGCAUUAUCCCUCACCUGUUUCUUACAACUGUUCUGUUUCUGUUGAGGAGAGAGACAGAAAUCAAGGGCAGUCGAAGUAUUGCUUAGUUGCAAGCAAACAAAUGGUCGGGAUUUUUCUUACAGUGUGGAUAAGGAGUGAUUUACGAGACGCUGUUCGUAAUUUGAAGGUGUCUUGCGUUGGAAGAGGGUUGAUGGGGUAUUUAGGAAAUAAGGGCUCGAUUUCUAUUAGCAUGUCUUUGCACCAAACGAGCUUCUGCUUCGUUUGUACCCAUUUAACAUCUGGAGAGAAAGAGGGCGACGAAAUGAGGAGAAACUCGGAUGUAAUGGAAAUUUUGAGGAAAACGAGGUUUCCGCGUGUUCACACUGUGGGUGAUGAGAACUCCCCUCAAACCAUUCUUGAGCAUGAUCGAAUCAUAUGGCUCGGAGAUUUGAAUUACAGAAUCGCACUGUCUUACCGAUGUGCAAAGGCUCUAGUCGAGAUGCGAAAUUGGAGAGCUUUGUUAGAAAAUGACCAGUUACGUAUAGAGCAGAGACACGGGAGAGUUUUCCCCGGAUGGAACGAGGGCAGAAUAUAUUUCCCUCCUACAUACAAAUAUUCAAAUAAUUCCGACAGAUACGCUGGCGAAAAUAUGCACCCAAAGGAAAAACGACGAACUCCUGCAUGGUGUGAUCGAAUACUAUGGCACGGUAGAGGCUUACAACAACUAUCCUAUGUUCGUGGGGAAUCGAGGUUUUCAGAUCAUCGACCAGUUUACAGUAUAUUUUUGGCAGAAGUUGAGUCGAUUAAUCGAAGCAGAAUAAAGAAAAGCACUAGUUAUUCGAGCUCUAGGGUUGAGGUUGAAGAGUUGCUUCCGUAUGCUUAUGCAAAUGGAUACGCCAUACCGUAUUUUUCAUGAGGAUUGAUUGAUUAACUACCUUUUGCACUCUGGAUAAUAUUAUCCUGGAAUAUUGGGACAAGAAGCUGCUAUGCAAUAAGUUUGUGAUACGGAGGAUAUACCCCAUGGCUCGGACAACUUUGUUAUCGAUGCGUGCAGUUAAUUCUUGAUUCAGGCUCAUAUUGUUAAACGGGAUUUUCUCAUCGGUUCCGUUUUUGUAUAUAGAAUAAACGCAACAUCAAGAACAAGAAUCCCGAGGCUGUAGCCAAUAACGAGGAGGGCGGUGCGAUUUCGUAAAUAGCAAAGUGACUCGAUUGCAAAUACUCGUAUUCUUUUUUAGCAACAUUGUAGAUUUGUUAGUGAAUGGAGAAGAAGUUGAAUUAUUGGGGCAAUAGGAAAAGUAGAGAAUCUAUUCGAAAUAGUUGACAGAGCAGUGGCUUAGAUAAUGUACCGCAUAUAUAAGUAGCAUCAAAUUUCCAUUAAAACAGAGUUUCUACAGAUAAAGUUUUCUUGUCCCAACAGAGACAUAUUUGAUUGAUUGCCUUCUUCUUACAACUCCAAUUUGUACUUGCAUUACAUUUUUCA